AUGGAGGUGCUGGCGCUGCUGUGGCUCUGGGCGCUGCCAGCCCCCGCCCUCGGCGGCGCCUCCCUGCCCGAGCUCAGGCUCUCGGCCGCCACCGGCGCCGUCUUCGUGCACGAGCUGCAGCGGGAGCCCUUCGAGGAGGCCUUCGUYGCCGCGCGCGAGGAGGACAGCGCCGCCGUCCCCGUGGGCCCCACCACCUUCCACGCACACCUGGGCGGCCGCCCGGACCUGCCRCGCUGGCUGCGCUUCGCCCAGCGCCACCCGUCCGCGCCCGCCUACCUGUACGGAUCACCCACGGACGCCGACGCUGGCACCCACAGCAUCGAGGUGCUGGCCUACAGCAGGGCCACCUACGAGACGGUGGCACAGAGCGUCAUUGUCACCGUGGUGCCAUCCCCAGCCGGGCCGCCGCGGUACCAGGGCGAGUUCCUGGUGACCGACAGGGACGUGGAGGAGCUGCUGCCGGCGGCCACGCGGCGCCGCUUCGCCGAGGCGGCGCGCGGCGUCUGGGAGCGCCGCGACCUCGCCAUCGUCAACGUCACCUCGGCCCUGCACCGCGGCGCCCGCGUCCCGCUGCCCAUCGAGGGCCGCAAGGAGGGGGUGUACGUGACGGUGGGGUCGCACGGCACCUUCUCGCAGUGCCUGGUGGCGGCCGCGUCCCCGCAGAGCCGCCUGCGCUGCCGCCUGGGCCAGCAGCCCGUGGCCACUUGCUACGACACCUUCGCGCCRCGCUUCAGCAUCGCCUGGUGCAACCUCAGCCUGCUCGAGGUGCCCGUGGGCUCCGCGGCGCCCGCGCCGGUGCCGGGCUCGGGGGUGCUGGAGGAGGGCGGCGAUUUCGCGCCCCCCACGGCGGCGCCCGCCGCCCCGCUGCUCGCCGGCUACCUGCUCACGCUGCUGCUGCCGCUGCUGCUGGCCGCGCUGCUCUGCCUGCUCCUGGGCCACCUCAUGUGCUGCCGCCGCCAGGGACUGCAGAAACGGGACAAGGAAACGCCUGACAUCCAGCUGGCGCAUCACCGCAGCGUGCGCGGCGACGCCGAGGAGCUGCGGCGCAUGGCGGCCGCCCGCGCCGACGUGCCGCGGCCGCUCUCCACGCUGCCCAUGUUCAACGUGCGCACGGGCCAGCGCGCCCCGCCGGCGCGGGGGCCGCCCGACGCCGCCCGCCGCCCGCUCCUGCCGCCCCAGCAGUGA